GAUCCUUGUAUUCGGCGGCGCGGCGUGUGCGGUGAGUUGAUCUCGCUUUUGGAAAAUUUCGUCCGUUUUAUUGUAUGGUCUACUUUGAAGAAGUUACAAACACUGUUACUGUAUGUCUCAAUGAUUAAGGAUUACUUCGAAGAAAACACUUACUUGCAUUAAUGACUCCACUGAACCUUUAGUGGUUGGUGAGACGGUUUUCAUCUGGCGCGGGCGGACAGUCUCUGCGUUCUGUGUGGCAUCAGCGAGUAUAGAUGUCAGCAUCGGGCUCCGAGGCGGCCACACGCAGCGUCCCGAGCUCGAGCGUCUCGCCCCCGGCGGCCAAGAAGCGACGCCUGCACUCCGCUGCGGACGCCGGCACGGGACACGCCGCCAACUCAACGAUGGGCGGUGCCUGCUCGGGGGGACAGAAGAUGUCCAGGGACGGCUCCGAGACGUACGGAGAGGGAAUGACUGCUCAGAACGGCUCCGGGAACGGCCGGGUGGCGGCCAGCGGCGGCGCCGGCGCCGACAUGGCCGGUGACGCCGCCCAGCUGGACGAGGGACUCUACUCGCGCCAGCUGUACGUGCUCGGGCGCGAGGCCAUGCAGCGGAUGGCCGCCUCCAACAUCCUCAUCUCGGGCCUGCGCGGCCUCGGGGUGGAGAUCGCCAAAAAUGUGAUCCUCUCGGGCGUGAAGAGUGUCACACUGCACGACCCAGGCGCCGUGGAGAUGGCCGAUCUCAGCUCGCAGUUUUUCCUCACGGAGGCCGACAUCGGCCGCCCGCGCGCCGACGCCUGCCUCGAGAAGCUGGCAAAGCUGAACCCGUACGUGAGCACGUCAGUACACUCCGGAGAGCUGGACGCGGCCACCAUAGGCCAGUUCGGCGUGGUGGUGCUGGCCGGAGCGUCGUUGGACGAGCAGCUGCGUAUCGGCGAGGCGUGCCGCGCGCACGGCGCCGCGCUGAUCGUGGCCGACACGCGCGGCCUCUUUGGCCAGGUGUUCUGCGACUUUGGCGCCGAGUUCACGGUCCGAGACGCCACCGGUGAGAGUGCUCAGACGGCCAUGGUGGCCGGCAUCACCCGCGACGGCACCGUCACCUGCCUGGACGAGACGCGCCACGGCCUGGAGGACGGCGACCUCGUCACCUUCUCCGAGGUCAAGGGCAUGACCGAGCUGAACGACGCCAAGCCCAUCAAGAUCAAGGUCACAGGUCCGUACACGUUCAGUAUCGGCUCCACGGAGGCCUACUCCGAGUACGUCUCAGGAGGUUUGGUCACCCAGGUCAAGCAGCCCGUCACCGUGCAGUUCAAGCCACUCUCCGAGUCGAUCAAGGACCCGGAGGUUAUCCCCACCGACUUCGGUAAGCUGCACCUCAGCGGUCAGUACCACCUGGCCUUCCAGACUCUGCACGAGUUCCAGAAGCGGCACAGCCGCGCGCCGGCGCCGUGGGCCCCCGCCGACCAGCAGGCCUUCCUGGAGCUGGCCGGGGAGCUGAACGGCACGCUCAGCGCGCGGCUCGAGGAGCUCGACGAGCCGCUGCUGAAGACGUUCGCGGCCGUGAGCUCCGGUGACGUGUGUCCCGUGCAGGGCGUCAUCGGCAGCAUCGUGGCCCAGGAGGUGAUGAAGGCCUGCUCGGGCAAGUUCAUGCCGAUCCGCCAGUGGCUGUACUUUGACGCCGUCGAGUGUCUGCCCGAGGACCGCAGUGUGCUCACGGAGGCCGAGUGCGCUCCGUCCGGUUCCCGGUACGACCGGCAGAUCGCCGUGUUUGGUCGCCGGCUCCAGCAGAGGCUGGCCGACCUCAAGUACUUCGUGGUCGGCGCCGGAGCCAUCGGCUGCGAGCUGCUCAAGAACAUGGCCAUGCUCGGCGUGGGCACAGGGUCGGGCCACGUCAUCCUCACAGACAUGGACCUGAUCGAGAAGUCCAACCUGAACCGGCAAUUUUUGUUCCACAAGGAGCACGUGGGGAAGGCCAAAUCGGCCUGCGCCGCCGAGGCCGUCAAAGUCAUGAACCCGAAGAUAAACGUGAUACACAAGCUGGACCGCGUGGGACCAGAGACCGAGGCUGUGUUCGAUGACGACUUCUUCGAGUCGCUCGAUGGCGUCGCUAACGCCCUGGACAACGUCCAGGCUCGUAUAUACAUGGACCGUCGCUGUGUCUACUACCGCAAGCCGCUGCUCGAGUCGGGCACGCUGGGCACCAAGGGCAACGUGCAGGUGGUGCUGCCGCACCUGACCGAGUCCUACUCGUCCUCCCAGGACCCGCAGGAGAAGAGCAUCCCCAUCUGCACGCUCAAGAACUUCCCGAACGCUAUUGAGCACACCAUUCAAUGGGCUCGCGACAUGUUCGAAGGCUCGUUCCGCGGCAGCGCCGAGAGUGCCGCACUCUACCUGACCGACCCCAAGUUCGUGGAGAAGGCGCUGAAGCUGCCCGGAUCGCAGCCGCUGGAGACCCUGGACGCCGUGAAACGAUGCCUGGUGGACGACAGGCCGCAGUCAUUUGAUGACUGUGUGGCCUGGGCGCGUCGCCACUUCCAGGAGCAGUUCAGCAACCAGAUUCGUCAGCUGCUGUUCAACUUCCCCGCCGACCAGGUGACCAGCAGCGGCACGCCGUUCUGGUCGCCUCCCAAGCGCUGCCCGCACCCGAUCGAGUUCGACGCAGAGAACGCACUGCACGUAGACUACAUCGUGGCGGCGGCCAACCUGAAGGCGGCCGUGUACGGCCUGCCGCAGUGCCGCGACCGCUCGGCGAUUGUCUCGCUGGUGCGCCAGGUGAAGGUGCCCGAGUUCACGCCGCAGUCGGGCGUCCGUAUCGCCACCACGGAGGCCGAGGCCGAGGCGAUGACGGGCCAGCUGGACGGCGACCUGCUGCAGAAGCUGCGCGCCGAACUGCCGCCGGCCGACGCGCUGCGACCGCUCACCGUCACCCCCGCCGAGUUCGAGAAGGAUGACGACACUAACUUCCACAUCGACUUCGUCGUGGCGUGUUCAAACCUUCGCGCCGAAAACUACGGCAUCAGCCCGGCGGACCGGCAGGAGACGAAGCGCGUGGCGGGCAGCAUCAUUCCGGCGAUCGCCACCACCACGGCGCUCGUGUCCGGCCUCGUCUGUCUGGAGCUGAUUAAACUGGCGCAGGGCCACAGCAAGCUGGAGCUCUACAAGAACGCGUUCGCCAACCUGGCCCUGCCGUUCAUCGCCUUCAGCGAACCCAUCCCGUGCCCCAAGAACAAGUACUACGAGAACGAGUGGACCCUCUGGGACCGCUUCGACGUGGACGGCGAGAUGACUCUCAAGGAGUUCAUCGACUACUUCCAGGAGAAGCACAAGCUGGAGAUUUCCAUGCUAAGCCAGAAUGUGUCCAUGCUGUACUCGUUCUUCAUGCCGGCUGCUAAGCGCACCGAACGCAUGGCGAUGAAACUGUCGGACGUGGUUCGCUCCGUGUCCAAAAAGGAGAUUGAGCCUCACGUGCGCGCGCUUGUCUUGGAGAUGGUGUGUAACGACACUGACGGGGAGGACCUGGACGUGCCGUACGUGAAAUACAACCUGCCGCGCAAGUAAGCGUGCGAUAUGUUCUGUAUCUCUUAGCUGCACUGGCAUUCUGAACUACGCUCUGUAUCCGACAUUUCCGGCCAACACUGCGUGUAUUUGAUAAUGUCGUUGAGACAUGUUUGAUUAGAACAUUACAAUUGUCAAUACAUGGAUUCAGUGAA